CAAAAAAGGAUCCGUCUCUCUGCCUUUAGGACCUCACAGUCUGGACGGUUGAGUUAAACUUGAGCGCAACUUGGGGUAAACCAAACGGCUCAAGUCGCACAUGAUCUGUCCGCUGAUUCGGGGCAGGCGAAUGAAUUAAAAUAAUGAUUUCGAAGGAAUAAAACACUCAAACCUUCUACCUGACUAUUCAAGGGAUUUAUUUCUUUAACAACAGCUUCUAGUGGAAGAGAAGAUCUAAAGUCUUAGCUAUGGAUCUAGAACGACAAAAGCGCAAGGAAGAAAUACAAAAAGCUUUGGGCUUCAUCCAGUCAUCUUUGCCUUUUCCCGAACCUGAAGGUUAUGAGGCAUUCCUGACUCAGCUGGUCUGUAAUUUGCUGGAUGAAGGUAAUGCAGUGUAUCGUGAUGGAGAAUGGAGACAGGCAGCAGUCCAUUACAGCGAGGGUGUGAAUGUUGCUCGCUACGCUCAGUCAGAAGCUCUGGUCAUUCCUCCUGAGCUGUUAGAGAGCCUUUAUGUAAACCGGGCAGCUGCACAUUAUAGUCUGGGCGAGUAUGAGCGGGGAGUGCAGGACUGUGACAGUGCACUGUGUGUGUCAGAGGGCAGUCGCAGGGCUCUCUACAGGAAGGCACUUUGUCUGAGGGACCAGGGCCGAUUUAGAGAGGCUUAUGAGUGCGGCACUGGAUGCCUACUAACUGCUCCUCACGACAGGCAAGUCAGUGAGCUUGCUCAGGAUCUAGCCAACAAACUUGGUUUGAAAAUCCGCAAAGCAUACGUCAGCCCUCAGCUUGAUUCUACUACAUCUGGGACAGACAACAAUGGAGAAACUAAUUCUCCUACUGGGGAGACCUCCUCAAAUGGUCUUGAGACUUUGAAUGAUAUUGGAUCAGACUUAACAAGUGCCCAAUGCAUCCCUGCCCCUCUGGCUACACCAAUUCCUGUCAGUGAUGACCCACAGAUUCCUUCACUGGACCCAGUUGAGCCCCAAGACAUGCCAGAAAGCCCAAGCCAGGAGCCGUCGGGACGGGUGCCAUACUCCGUGCCUGUAUCUGAACACAUGGGAGAAUGUGUAAUGAAUGAGGACACUUCAUGUCUGGACACCUUGCUGGAAAGUAUUCCCAAAGGGGCAGAGGUCAGCGUGAACCCAGUUCAAGGUGCCAUUCCUACAAACCUACCUAACACUGCUGUGGGUUUGAGGCCUCCAUACUCUCCGGGUCUUCCAGGAUCCACACCUCAGCUCGCAGCUCAAUUUUUCAACUCUGCUGUCAGUCCACUUCCACCACUGGAGCCCUUUACAGCAUUGGGUCAAAGCGAAGCCUCUUCCCAGACAAUGGAGUCUCUUGGUUCCUUCAGUUCUGGGGCUGCUGACACUGCAGGGAAAGGAUCAUUGAUCACAGGGGGACUGGAUUCACUUUCUGAGUACACACUUCCUGGUGGACGAAUCUCUCACUGUUUCAUCCCUGGUUUGCGUAAUCAUAAUGCCGCUAAUGCAAAUGGGCCAGUUGGUACCAACCUUUCUCUGCUGUCACGAAACCCUCUGGCUGCCACACAUGAGUUCAGACAGGCCUGUAAUGCUUGCUACAGUCGCAUAGGCCCCAGAGUUAUGGACUACCAUUAUCAGCCUGAGGCAGCGCACCGCUGUAAGAGAGAUGUGCUGCUCUGUCGCCUCAAAACUGCAGACGACCCCAUCUGGAAGAGGGUGCGACCUCGUCCAGCUCGUAAUAACUUCCUUGGGGCAUUUGUUCUCUGCAAAGAGGUACAAGAGCGUCAGGAGUGCCAGUAUGGUGAGAACUGCACUUUUGCCUAUUGCCAGGAGGAGAUCGACGUCUGGACCCAAGAGAGGAAGGGAGCUCUGAGUCGCGAGCUACUGUUUGACCCUCUGGGCACAAAUGAACGUCGGGCCCUCAGUGUCACCCGUCUCCUCCAGCUCCAUAUGGGCAUGUUUAUGUUCCUCUGUGAGGAAUGUUUUGACAGUAAACCUCGAAUAAUUAGCAAGAGAAGCAAAGAAAAUCUUGCUGUGUGUUCCAAUCUCACUGCACGACAUCCCUUUGAUGACAACAAGUGCCUGGUGCAUGUGGUUCGCUCAGCAAACGUGCGCUACAGUAAAAUACGCCCUCUUCACCCACUCUGCCAGUUUGACGUGUGUCGUCAUGAAGUGCGAUACGGCUGCCAACGGGAGGACAGUUGCUCUUUUGCACAUUCAGUCAUAGAACUCAAGUGUUGGGUGCUUCAGCAGGACACAGGUAUUACCCAUGAGGAGAUGGUGCAGGAGUCUAAAAGACACUGGCACAGGUUGGAACAGAAUGCGCAGAGACAGAAGCCUAUGCCAGGGCCUCAUCAGCCCAGUGGGAGCAGCAGCGGUGGUAUCAGUGGCAGUUCUGUGGUCUCAGGCGGUGUGGUUGGCGGAGGUGGAGACAGCAUCAGUGGCGGAGGAGGAGGAGGCGGAGGACUGGUGGGAUGCGGUCGGGGGCGUGGCCUUAAUCUGAAGAUGAAGUUUGUGUGUGGACAGUGUUGGAGGGAGGGCCAGGUCAACGAGCCAGACAAGUCACUGAAAUACUGCACUGCCAAAGCCAGGCACAGUUGGACAAAGGAGCGCAGGGUGUUGCUAGUGAAAUCGUUUGAGAAGAAAAAGUGGGUGGUUGUGCGACCGCUGCCUUUUUCACGUACCUACCCACAACAAUAUGAUAUGUGUGUUCAUGUCAUGAAACAGAAGAAGUGCCACUAUAUUGGGAACUGUUCUUUUGCACACAGUUUGGAGGAGAGGGAUGUGUGGACCUACAUGAAAAACAACAGCUUGAGAGACAUGCAGCAGAUGUACGAGAUGUGGCUGUCGUUGACCAAUCAACACCGGCGUGCAGACAGCAACCUUAUGACUCCGCCCCCAGAGGAAAAACAGAUCGCCAUGCCAACUGACUGUUCUGAGUCAAUGGUUGGACGACGGAUGUCUGGUGGUGGAGGAGACCUGUGACCAGUCCAAAAGUGUGUGGUCUGGAUGAGUCUUCCUUUUCAAAUGUCAAUUUCGAAGGCCCUUCUCCACUCUUUCAGUGCCACUCUGGGAAGUAACAGGCUCUUCUGCCCUUCAGGGCAGAGUGUCUGACUUUAGGACUAACACACACUGAUUGUUACCACAUACACACACACACACACACACCACAUGCUUUUUUCAUUUAUUAUCAAACAAAAUCUUGUGCACUCACCGACAUGACACUUGGCACAGGCUCAUAGUGUGGUGUAUGUGAAUGCACACUGGUACUUUUACAGCUAACUCAAAUAAGGGCAGUUUCUUCCAUUUGUACAAUUCAGAGGAGUUGAAUUGAGUUCAACCUUUUCCCACCGUGCUCUUCAAACUUAAACCCAAAACAGGCUGGUUCUCCCUGUAUCAAAUUAAAGCACCCGCCGUGAAGACCACGCAUUCCUCAGUCAUGUAUGUGGUGUCAGAUUUUGAUGAAUUUCUGAAGCGGUGCUUAACUCUGUGUUCCUGCCAUAUUGGUAGAAGAGUUUGAAUGUACAGCCAAAAGUGGCCAUUUACAAGAAAUUUGAGAUUUGUUCAGAUGUGGAAUGUAUUUGAGACACCAAGGCAAUUAAAGGGAUAGUUUACCCCAAUCCCCCACCCCCACCCCCCAAAAAAACAUACCUGUUAUUUAGUCAUCCUCCAUUUGUUCCAAACCAGUCUGAGUUUUUUACUUCUGUUGAACUAUGACGAAUUCUGAUGAAUGUUGGGGAAAAAAGAGUUUUUAUUCCUACUCUGUAACUGUUUUUCCCCCAAUGUUCUUCGGAAUAUCUUGUGUUGUGUGCAACAGAAGAAAAAACUUAAGUUUCGAACCACUUGAGCAAACAGUGAGGACGUUUUCAUUUUUGGGUGAACUCUCCCUUUAACGAUAAACUAAGCCAUAGGUCUCAAACUCGAUUCCUGGAGUGUCGCAGCUCUGGACAGUUUUGCUCCAACCCUAUCAAACACAGCCGAUGCAACUUAUCAAGGUGUUCAAAAGAGUCAUGAACACCUUGAUUAGUUGGAUCAGGUGUGUUUGAUCAGGGAGCAAAACUGUGCAGAGCUGCGACCCUCCAGAAAUCGAGUUUGAGACCUAUAAACUAAACUAAACCACCCUAACACUUGCAUAGAUAUUUGCAUAAUGCUAGUUACAGACCUUGCACUGACAUGCACUCACUCCCUCAUUCGUUUUGCUUUGCGCUGGCAGUGCUUGAUAAAGCUGAGGAUGGAAUGCACAUUUGAGUUGUCAAUUUGGAUUGAAACACUUUGUAUACAUUAUUUGUCUUGUUUUUUUGCUUAGAUUGAGUGAUCGACAGUUGAAAAAAGCUUCCGUGUUUGUCACGUUCAAGCUGUUAGAUUGAGAUUUUGAAGUGCAUAAUCUAUAAAACCCAUAAGCUUGCUAUAAGGAGACUCACCACAGUUCAUCGCAGGCCAGUGGCCUGGUUAGUUUUUCCAUAUUUAACUUUGAUUCAUUUCAUAUUAGAAGCAUGAACGGAGACGCGUUAGCAAGAAAAUAGACCACAAAGAACUUGCCCUGUCCAUGCCUUGUUCUAUUCCAAGUAUAUAUGUCGAGACAUGCAGUGCUACCCUUAGUAUGCCUUGUCCUUACUUUCAGUGGACAUGAUAUAUAAAUAUAUAUAAAUAUGAAUAUACACAAACACACACACACACACACGAUUAUAUCUACUAUAUUGGCAUACUACUAAUGAUUAUUGAUAACUUAGCAGUUAAGCUUAAUUAAGUAUAACCUUACUUGUAUUGAUUACAUAGAACUUCUUGUUAUUAAGCUAUGCUAUAUGACAUGUAUUGCUGAUUAGAUGGUUAGUGACUUUUUUUUUUUUUAAGCGUCACUCCGGACCUGUCGGUUUUGUAAGGUCUAGAUGAGCCUAAACUGCUUGUGAAUGCUAUAGAGGAUUGAAGCACCCUGAGAUGGUUUGUUAUGGAAAAUAGAAUCCAUUUACAUUCCUGGCAAUGUUUUCCAGGGCUUAAAUGACACAUGAAGAGCAGAUUUGGGUCUGAUGAUAUGGAGAUUUGAGAGGGACGUUCUGGAGUGACCUAGUACGCUUUACCGAGGGAUCAUAUUAUUACUUCUGCUAUUAUUAUGAUGAUGACAGUGAUGAUAAUGAUUGCCAUUAUGACUACUUCUAUCUUCCUAUAUGCUAUUGAUAUAUGUAUAUGUUAAUUGCUAUGUAUAACACUUUAAAUAUAUGUAUCCACGUAUGAAUAUAAUACUUAACAGUGAUUUAUGUCUAUGUAUGCUUGGUGAGCUGUCCAGAAUCGACGAUUUGAAAUCCUAGGCUGGUUUACCGUUCACGUUCUUCCAAACAGAAUGAAAAUGAAACCCCAUUACCCAUAGUGUGUCAUGCUUUUGGGAUGUUUUCGUAGUUGUUGCUUGAUCUGAAACCUGGGAUCUCUUUUGAGAGUGUUUAUCGAGUGGUUGUAGUUCAAAUUCAUCUUUCUGAACUACACACCUCAGUAAAUUCUCUCUUCGUCUUUAUUUGAAUGAGAUACUCGCAGCUCUGUGACAGAACACAAAGCAUACAUGGAUAUUUAUGUUUGUCUGCAUAGCGCCUUAUACUAUACAUUUAUAUACAAUUAUAAAUACCUUAACGAAUAAUCCUACUCUUUCGGUAUUAUGAUAUAUACGCUGUUAGGCAACUUGUUUAAGGAAACAGGGGAGGGAAGUGUAUCGUUAACGUUCUCUGGUUGACAAUAGAGACAUCUGAAAUCUCUCAUCUGAAAUUUUACGUCGAACUGAGAUGACGAGGUAGAACGUGAAGUAACCGUAAAGAGAAAGCGAGCUCAACCUGAGAGCCGAGAAGCUCAGUUAACAGUCUCUGUUGCUCAAAAACGUUGGAAUGUAGUUUGCAAUCAUUCAUAUUCAUAUCAAAGGGUUAGUACCGCUGGCCAUUGACCGGCCGAAGGCAGCAGUAUUGGUCAUCUACUCACCAUCAUCAUUCUCCUCUUGAGUUAAUUUUGUACCACAGAACUGGAAUGUUCUGGGCUCUCGGUCUUUGAAACCAAGGAUGAUUGCCCAUUUUAAGUCACAUUUGUGUUUGACACUUUCUUGGUGGAGUGUAAAACAGAAAUAUGUUCAUUAUUCAUGUUCAGUGUGGGAUUUAGCCAAUGUUGGAUUAUAUCGGUUGAGAAUUUCUGUUAAGAUGGGUUUAUUUUUCACCUCCUUAGAUAACCAGUUAAAAAAAUUAAAAUAAAAAAUCAGGGUUUUGAAAAAAUGAAAAGGAAAAACAACAAUGCCUCUUUUUGUACUGUAUUUUUACAUUUGUUUGUUUUGUUUCUCCUUUUUCUCCCUGGUUGGAAGUGAAUUAUUGAUCACAGUGGACCAAAUCUCAUGAACGUGUUUAACAAUAAAUAGACUGUUUUAGAAAAA